GCGAUCCUCAUGUAGGGGUCGAGUGUGAUUAUUGGACGAAUUUUUCAGCAGUUUUAGACAGUUUAUUCUCCUUCCUUGUUAUCUAUACUGUGAGCCAUGUUCACAAACAUAGGCCUGAGGGCAGUCCUCAAGGUCCCAGCUAGUGUUUUGCGGGAAAGCUCGGCAGCUCUCUGUUGUGCUGCAUCAGUCAAACCGUGGACGAACAUGUCGAGUUUACUGUCAGGACCAAAAGUGAGAAGUGUUGCAGGAAGCUUUGCUGUUCCACAGCCAGUGAGACACUAUGCCCGGGCUGCAAAGAAGAAGAAGACAGGACCUGAGAGCCAACUCAGCGAUCUUCCUCCAACAAUGCUAAAGAUGGAUUAUGCGGCUGUUCCCCUUGCUCAAACAACUGAUGAUCUUGUCAAAAGGCUUCUUUCACUGGAGUUGGCUAGUCAUAAGGAAAAGCUACAGCUAAAACAAGAACAGCUAAUUGCAAAGGUCCAGAGAGAUGAGAGUGACCGAAGCUCAGAGGAAGUACAAGUGGCUAUAUUGACUGCUAGAAUCCGAAACUACCAGGAACAUUUGCAAAAACAUCAUAAGGAUAAAGCAAACAAGAGGCGAAUGCUUAUGGCCAUUGACCGAAGGAAAAAGAUUUUGAAACACCUUCGGUUGAUUCGCUACGAUGCCUUUGAGAAAGUGUGUGAGCAGCUGGGCAUCACAUACACCUUCCCCCCAGAGUACUACAGACGGGCCACCCGUCGCUGGAUGGCCAAGAAAGAAUUCUGCAUUAAGGUCUUCAAAGCAGUGCAAAAGCAAAAAGCAGAGCAGAGGCUGAAGAUAAAGCAGAGUUCAGGCUCCACAGACACGGAGUCAGCAAAGACAAAUGCAGCUGAGAUCUAAUGAGACAAAAGCCACAAUCUGUAAACCUUCAGAUGUAGUGAUGUAUCAUGUAGAUAAAUAAAUGUUUUUCCCAUGCUGCCAUCACACGAUUUUACUUUCUAUUGUUGUCAUUCUGAUACCAGAACUGUCUGGAGAUGUCAAAGAUUCAUAAGAAUAAAAUAUCUGAGAAAGCUGGGUUGGAAUAAUCCUCCAAAGUGUAAUUGAACUAAAGCAUGACUACUAGAUGUAUUAAUUUAAGAUCUCAUUUUAGAAAACCAGGAAGCCAGAAACUCAAGUACAGGAUUAAUAUGCUAAUUAGAAAUAAACCUACACUGCAAAUUCUCCAUUUUAUCUGAGAGGAUACUCUGUUAAACCACAUGGCAGAAAACUAGCGCUAAAAUGUUAUCACUAGAUCGACUCUGUCCGUUAUUAUGGCUUCAUAUCAGCACCGGUGUGUGUUUUGUUUUUGUUUUUAUGUUUUGUUAAUCAGCUGUCAGUGGCAGUUCACCUCAUUUGUACCAAGUUGAGGCAUAUCAGAUAAGGACUUCUUCCUGGAAGAGUACUGUUGAAGCAGUAUUCAGGCUUUGUGGAAACAUGAGAUUGACUUAAUCCAACUAUGUUUAGGGUCAUAAAAUGCUUGUUGGUAGAAUGCAGUAUCAUUUAUCUUUUUGAGUGUUGUUUAAAUGUGCAGUAAGUUAAUUCAGGUUAGAGAGAAAUUGUUAAAAAAUCAAAUUAAGAAUUCCUGACAUUCCUGGCAUAGUGUUAUAUUGGUAAAAAUUGGUGAGGUUGCUAAAGCAUCUGAUUUAAAUGUACAACAUCGCGAGGCAAGGUUAAUUUAAUUCUCAUAUAGGGUAUAACAAGACCGGCAUUUUUAUUAAAAGCUAUUUUUACAUUAUACAUUAGUGUGAAAAGAAGGCUUUACAGUUUCGUAUAGUUUUGUGCUUAUUCAAAUCCUGAGUAAAUCCAUCCCUUCUUUUGCAUACUACACUAGUGAUAUAGUGUUCUAAUAGAUUAAAACCUCAAGACAAGAAUGUGUUGCAUUUGUGGGUGUCAUAUGAAAGUGUGGCCUUAACAAUUCUAACUGCAUGGCUUCCCUGAAGUCUACUGAUCUGUCAUGAGAUCAGAAAAACUUUAAACUCCCAGUCACAUACAUGUGCUUGUGACCUUGUGAUUUGAGGUUGUACCCUUUAUCAGACUAAAAAAAAAAAAGCAGCAAUUCCUGUUAAUGGACUGAUUUUUUUGCCAGUGAAUCGCCACAGAUCUUUGUCAUCCCCAGAAAGUGCAGGCUGUUGCCAAACCAGCGUUUCACAGCUCAAGCUCGUCACAAUUUCCUGUGUGGUGUGCAACUUGUCAUUUUGAGCAGGUGGAGCUCAUACUCUCACACUCUUCUG